GAUAUACGGGCGUGAAGUCUCGACAAAAAGUUGAGCGAAGACUGUCAUUGUCGCGCAAGAUGAGCCGCAAGACUUUUGGCUUCGACGCCUCGGAUUUACCACAGGACCCGUACUAUCCCCAAACAGACCCUACAGGCCCCAGUUUCCUUGAUACAGAAGGAUGCCUGUGUGCUUUACAGGUAACAGCCGCCGGCGGAGCCCCGGAACCCGCUUGGCAAUGCAUCGGAGACCAAAGCCAGGGAAGCAUCUACACAAUCAAUACCGGCAGAUGGUUCAACACACUCAAUGAGGUCGGUAAUGCCAAUGGGUCCAUCAAUGAUGCUUCAAAUCCGCCAGAGACCGAAAAGCCCCGACGUUGGCUCUCUGGAGCAUUGCGAGACUCGCCAGGUAACGUCGGGCUGAGUGUUUACGACAGCGCCUGCACCGGCAAGAACAACACUAGAUUCUCGACCUCUUUUUACGAAGCGGCGGCACAGAUCAACGCAGGCCAGCAGCCAUAUAGCGCCGCGCCGUGUUACAGACAAGGGGCAGUUCCGAUAGAGAUUCAGACCGUGGAGAGCUGGCAGGCUGAUGGGUGCAGCCCGGGCUUUCUGUGUGAGAACAAUACUGUCAACUCAAUACCCCAAUACUGCCCGCCGCUGGACGGGUGUCAAAUGGCGAGGUUAGCAUCAAUCACCUGCAACUUUGGCGGCAAGAACGCUGGCAUGGGGCCUUUUGAGCCGGUAGUCUGUCAAGCUGGGAACUACUGCCCCGAAGAGAAUAACGGCAAAGUGUCUUUCGUCUGUCCGGCUGGCUCAUAUUGUCAGCCUGGAGCCGCAACUCCGACGCCAUGCUCAGUUGGCAGUCGUUGCCCGGAAGGCUCUUCCUACGAGCUGUUCCUCAUACCCCUGGUCAUCUUGAUCAUUGUCGAUCUUCAGAUGAUCGCCGGUAUGAUUGUCUACCGAUUCCGAAAGCGCCUUCUCGAACACCAAUCAAAUAGAAACCGGAAACCGACCUUGAAGCGUGGCAUGAGCAGCAUGAGAGCUCAGAUCACAGGGUACAGGGCACUUUCAGAAGAUACCGACCGCGAGAUGCUUCCGAUGGGCGCAACCUACAUCCCCAACCGGACCGAUUCAUACGGAGGAGGAUUUCAAGCCGCGCUUGAGCUCGGAUCCGAAUACUCCGUCAACGUCCGGCCCACGAGUGAGAUGCUCAACCCUCAGCUAAUGGCAUUCGUCUCCUCGAUGCGGCGCGCGACUGAUGCAACCAACUUUGGUCUCUCCUUCAGCUACUUUGAUCUCAGUUUCCAACCCAAGAAGUCUUCCAAGAUGAUUCUUCAAAAUGUUACGGGAUCCAUCGAUCGGGGAACUUUGACAGCUGUCAUGGGCGGUUCCGGCGCAGGCAAGUCGACCUUUGUCAAUGUUCUCAUGGGCAAGACCAAGAACACGGGAGGCACGGUGGCUGUCAACAGCAGUCCGGACAAGUUGAAACGAUACAAGAAGGUCAUUGGCUACGUGCCCCAAGACGACAUCGUGUUGCCAGAGCUCACAGUCUACGAAAAUAUUGUUCACAGCGCCAAGAUCCGCCUUCCCCAGACUUGGUCCACAGCUGACAUUGAGUCUCAUGUCGAGUCUGUCAUUGAUUGUUUGGAACUCUCGCACGUACGCAAUUCCUUGGUGGGCUCAGUGGCUGCACCUGUCAUUAGUGGUGGGCAGCGCAAACGUGUGAGCACUGGCAUGGAACUGGCAUCUGCCCCGAUGGCAGUCUUCUUGGAUGAGCCGACGAGUGGCCUUGAUGCUACCGCAGCUUCGUCUUUGAUGCGGACUUUGAAGGCAGUCGCACGGUUGGGAAUCACUGUUAUUGUCAUCAUCCACCAACCCCGUACCGAGAUCUUUGAGAAUUUUGAUAAUCUCAUUCUCCUCGGCAACGGCCAAACCAUUUACGAAGGCCCUCAAGCUGAGGUGCACGACUAUUUUGAAGGUCUCGGCUUCGGGUUCCCGGAGCACAGCAAUCAUGGCGACGUGGUCACCGAUAUCAUCACUGGAAACGGCCGCGACUACAAGCGAAUUGGGGAAAUCUCGAAAGACUCACUCAUUUCGAAGUGGUCAGACCACCGCCUGGCUCUCGCACACAAGGAACGACAUGCUUCCUCCAUCAUGAGCAGCAACGGCAUAUACGCCGCCAUCAAGCAUCGUGGUGCGCCGCUGUACAUGCAAACAUGGCUUUGCCUCCGCCGAGCCAUGCUUCAGCAGUACCGCACUAAAUCAGCUUUCUGGGCUGAGAUGGGCCUCGCGGCGCUCGCCGGAUUUCUCCUUGGCCUGGCCGAACAUUCGAAGAAGGGUAUCUUGUUCACGGGCACGUUCAAAGAGCCUUACUCGAUAUUGUCAACUGCUGUGGACUUCAAGUCCGCCCCUGAAUUGGCUCUCUUGGUCUCCAUCGCCGUGGGUCUGGUGUCCGGUGCACCCGGUGUCAAGACAUUUUCAGAGGAACUGCUUGUGCAUCGGAGGGAAGCUGAAGCGGGCCACAAUCGGCUGGCCUACUUUCUCGCAAAGGUCGUCUCAGUCCUCCCUCGUAUGCUUUUUGGCUGUCUACAUUUCACGACUUUCUUAUUCAUCCUUACGGUACCAGUGAUCAACUGGGGGCUUGCCUUCCUGACCAAUUUCUUCUACUUUUACUGCAUCUACGGAUUGGCGAGUAUCGUCAGCAUGCUCGUCAGGCGAGAAGACGCCCCCCUGUUUGCGACGAUGAUCAGCCUCAUCGUUGCGAUCCUAUCGGGAGCUGCCCCUCCACUGGCCAAGGUCAAGGAGUGGCACUUGGAGUGGCUUUGGCGCGCUUCACCCGGUGUCUGGCUUGCGGAAAUAUACUUUGGUCAGCUGGUCUCGCCCUUUGGUUAUUUGUAUGAUGUCGACUCUGCUGCAGCGGCGACUGGCUUUCACAUGAAAUGGUUAUGGCGCAAUAUGGGAGUUUUGGUUGGAAUUGGAACUAUCUAUAGAUUGGUUGCAUUCCUUGCUAUGAUUUUCGGGCAAAGCCGGCGUAGGUAG